GCGUCAUUCACUCCGUAGCGCUUACUCACACUCUGCUCGCUGUCGUCGACGGGGGCAAAGAGCAUUUGCUCGUUGUUUCCUUUAUACCCAUCGUUGUUGUGGUAUACCCCAGACUAUAAUCAUAACCAGAACGAGUUGUCAAGCUGGCUUCCUGGUUCGGCAACACCCGAUCCCGAUCCACUUCGGCGGAGCCGGCGACGACAACGAUGAGUUCAGACCCGCUCAUCGUGCCCGCCCUCCUCCCCAGCGGCUCGCUCCAGUACGCGACCCUCUCGGCCGGAGCAACCGCCCAGGACGUCAUCAGCGCUCUCGGUGGCCAGCGCGACGUGAGAGACGAUGUCCUCGGUGAUCUUGCUCUACACAAGUGGGCCGUGCAGCAGGUUAGGAAGCAGCAGAGCGGGAGGCAGUGGGAGGAACAUGAACUGGAGGUGCUUGGUGAUGGCCUCCUCGCUCCGACUGACAAGAUCGCGCCCUUGCUCGACACCGCCGACAAGCGCGCCGACGAACCCGCCGCAAGACACUUUUCCUCGUUCCCGCUUACGUCUCACCUCCACACUCCCGUGUUCAAGCUCGUCUCGCUCCACCCCUUCCUAUCUGUCUCUGUCUCAUUCCUCCGCGUGCCCGAAAUCCACGACGACUUCAAAUGGAGGGUUUUUCUUUCGCGAAAUACAACAGUGGACGCCGUCAUAGACCUCAUCGCGGAUGAGCUCGGCCUCAGCAAGGCUCUGCCUGUGCCCGGGGGCGGAAACCUCGAGUACGUACUCGAGGAGGUGUGGUAUACCAAGGAAGGCGAGAAGAGCACCCGUCUCUCGCUCUCAUCGAUCAUGUCCAAGAUCAUCGAAGCUUCCCAGCGCAAGGGUUCCACGUUCCGCCUCUGCGUCCCCGACGAGUGGUAUCGCCGAGCAAAGCCACGCAGUUUGUCGUCCACAUCGUUCGACCCCACUGAGGAUACCAUAAAGCGGCUCGCGGAUCUCGAGAAGGCGGAGCAGGAGGAAGAAGAGGAAGAGGAAGAAGGCACAGCCAAGCUCCCCGACAUUUCUCCGCCCCGCCCGACGUCGCCCUCGGUCGACUGGCGCGCGUCGCUCUCCCAGAGUCGGCUCACGAGCUUGUUCUCAGGGUGGCAGACGCCUGCUGCGCCUGCUGCGCCGGCAGCACCUACGACCCCCACGGCGGUCGUCACCCCUACGCCCCAGGGCACGAUCGGGAGGAAGAGCGUCAGCGAGCCACGGAUCAUGGAGCAGCAUACGGGUGGCAGCGUUGGGGGCGCGGCGCAGCCGACAAACCUGGAUACGCUCACGGAGGAGGUGGAUGAUUCCGAGUUUGAGCAGUUCCUCGACGAGAUGGGCCUGAAAGGCGCCAAGCGCGCAGCGAUGUACAAUCUCCCCGCGACGAACAAGCGCUAUCUCCUCCAGCAGAACCGCAAGACGACCACCGGGGGCGACUCGACGCCCGAGAACGGCACCAUCAGAGGCGGGCCGUCCUCCGCAUUCCCAUCCCCAUCCCACCCCUCCUCGUCGUCCGCUGCGACAUACGGCCCUACGACGGCCGCCGCGCUACUCCCGCGGAUCGUGCCGCAGCUCACGGGCGGCGGCGACGGCGGGCUCAUGAAGCGCUUCUCGAUGGCGACGUGGGGCGCGGCAUCUGCGCCUGCGCCGCCCGUCGUGUCUGCGGACCAGGAUAAUAGGGGGAGUGGGGAGUUCGAUACGACGGGGACGGUGAAGCAUGCGCGGAAGACGUCGUUGGAGCAGCUGGCGGCGCAGGCGCAGGCGCAGACGAUGUUCCAGGCGCAGGGUCAGAGUCAAAGUCAGAAUCAGAAUCAGAAUCAGGGGUAUGGGCAUGGGCAUGGGAACGGGCACGGUCAGCAAGAACAGGCCCAGCAGGCGCUGCAGCCGCAGAUGACGGGCACAGGCGGGCUGUGGAGCAGCUGGUGGACGUCUUCGGGCGGAAGCGCUGCGACCGUUUCGCGCGCGACGGGGUCUGGCUCUUCCGCUGCUACCGCCGCACCCGGGGCCUCCGGAACCCCCGGUGCUGGUGCGGCGAAGGACGAGAGCGCGACGAGCGCGCGGCGCUAUGUGGAGGGGAUGAAGGCGCUGCGCGCGGGGGACGCGAAGCUCGUGAAGCACCUGAUAUCGCUGCGGGUGCAUCUGGCGACGGCGAAGGUCGCGUGGGUGGAGGAGUUUAUUGGUGAGAAGGGGAUGGGUGCGAUUGGGGACUUGUUGGGUGGGCUGGUGGGCAAGGGCGGGAAGAGGCGGAACUUGAGCGAUGUGGAGGGGACGGUGUUGCAGGAGGUGGUGAAGUGUUUGAGGGUGCUGUUGAAUACACAGCCUGGGUUCAACAGCGUCGUCGCCUCGCCCAUCCUCAUCACGCACAUCGCAUACGCGCUGCACGGCUCCGCGCUCAAGCUGCGCACGCUCGUCGCGGAGCUCCUCGCCGCCAUCUGCGUGCUCUCGCUGCACGAGGGACACCGCGCGGUGCUCGCCGCGCUCUCGGACUACCGCAUCGCGUUCGACGAGGCCUUCCGCUUCCAGGGGCUCGUCGACGCGCUCAAGCUGCCCGAUAUCCCCGACGACGUGUCCAUAUCCUCCUUCGAGGAGGAGGAGGGCACGUGGGAGGCGCGCACGGCGUACAUGGCGCUGGUGAACGCGCUCACGAACUGCCCCGAGGCGCUCGAGGAGCGUGUGCUGCUCCGGGAGGAGUUUGGGAGGAGGGGGCUGAACGAGGUGAUUGUGGCGUUAAGGUAUACGAAGCCGCCGGACGCGCUGCAGACGCAGCUGGAUGUGUAUACGGAGGAGAAGUUUGAGGAUGAGGAGGAUAUGCGGGAGCGUGCGCGGAAGGCGUAUUCUUCUUCGGCGAGGGGAGGACACGGAGGAGGACAUGGGAAGGAGGCGUCGGAGAGCGCGAUGUUGCUGGAGGAGGUGCUGCAGAGUGCGAAGGAGCAGCAGAUGGGCGCGGGGAUGGUUGCGCUGCUGAGGCAGCUGGAGGGGGUGUUUGAGUCUGAGGCGGAUUCGCAAUACAAGAGCGACCUGCUCGCGAUCGUCCAGUCGUUUGUCCAGCAGAUUGUCCUCGUGGGUGAUUUUCACGAGAACUGGCAAGACUUCGUCAAGAGAUUCGUCGACUCUGUGAAACAUUACUCUGGACACGAGCUAGAUAUACGCAAGUCGAAGGACUACGAUUCUGUCUCCAUCGUUGAGGUCGAGCUAGAAGACCUAAGAGCGAAGAUUGAUGAGCUCAGCGAGGAGAACUUGCAGCUGACAACGGAACGAGAUGGGCAUAUGGCGGAGCUGGCGACGCUCAAGUCGCUCGCGCCGAGUCCGACGCCAAAGAAGUCUGGGAGCGAUAACAUGCAUGGCUUGGUCCAGCGUUUGGUGCAGAAGGAGAAGCAGGUGAUGCAGCUCAAGGCGGAUGUUGAUCGGCUGCAGGCUUUGAACCCUGCCGACAGCAAAGAGGCCGAUGAGCGCGCCAAGCGCGACCGGGAUAGGGCGAAGUGGAACACGCUCAUGGAUGAGAUUGCGAAGCUGAAGAUGAAGCAAACCGAAAUGGAGUCCACGAUAUCUAUGAAAGAUAAGGAAAUUCUAUACCUCAAACGUGCCCUUGAGUCGGUCUACUCCCGCUUCCAGACGCGCGAAGAGGAGCGUAGCGGCGCAGACCUCGACGCGCAGACGCUAGCGUCACGCGCCAUCGAGAGCAUGACUAGGAAGGACGACGAGAUUGCCUCACUCGAGGAGGACAUCAUCGAGCUCAAGCGUCUGCUCGCCGAGAAGCCCAAGUACAUAACCGAGACGGACUUCAAGUCGCAGAACUCGCCACCUCCCCCGCCGCCGCCCGUGUCCAAGGCGAAGUCGGCGCGUUCGAAGCCACUCGCUCCGGCCCCUGUAAGUGUGUCUAGAGCUACAGCGCCACCUCCCCCGCCACCACCGCCACCGCUACAGCGCCGGUCGUCGAAUGCGCCGUCAGUGCAGGAGGACGCGGAUGAUGCUAGCUCGAGAAGCACGACUCCCACACCUUCGACGCCGGUUGCUUCUGCCGGGGGCGGACCGCCUCCGCCACCUCCACCCAUGCCCGGCGCGCCCGGACUGCCCGGCAUGCCUCCUCCCCCACCGCCUCCCCCCGUUGUGGGCUACACAGCCCCGAAGCCCAUGCGCCCCGCCAAGCGGCUGAAGCCGUUCUUCUGGAAUAAGCUCACGCCCAAGGACCUCGGUUCUCACACAGUUUGGAACGACGCCGGCAUGGGCGUGGUGGAUGGGUUAGGAGAGUUCGCGAUCGAUGAUCUGGAGACGACCUUUUCGCUUGAGAACACGCAGAGCGAUAAGCCUGCGAAGACGGAGCAGGCGAAUAAGGGCGGGAUUACGACGUUGUUGGAUAUUACGAGGGCGAAUAAUAUCGGGAUCAUGUUGAACCGGAUUAAGCUGAGCUCGCUGCAAAUUCGGAGAGCGUUGUUGGAUCUCGACGAUAAUAAGCUAUCGGUGGAUGAUUUGAAGUAUAUCAGCAAGCAGUUACCUACGGCUGAGGAGAUCUCCCGCAUCAAAGACUACGAUGACAUCAGCAAACUCGCGAAAGCUGAUCAGUACUUCUUUGAGAUCAUGGUCAUACCGCGCUUGCAAGAACGUCUGGACUGCAUGAUAUAUCGGCGCAAGCUUGAGUUGGACAUCGAGGAAGUGCGUCCGGACCUCAAGUAUCUGCGCGACGCAAGCAAAGAGCUCCGUGCAUCUGAGCGCUUCAAGCGCACGCUCAAGGCGGUGCUUGCUAUCGGCAACGCACUGAACAUGUCGACGUUCCGUGGUGGAGCGCAUGGGUUUAAGCUGGAGGCGCUGCUUAAGAUGAAGGAGACGAAGACGGCUAAAGGAGGGAAAGAGUGUCCUACGUUGUUGCAUUACGUCGCUCGCGUUCUUAUCAGAACCGACCCGUCGUUGAUGCUCUUCAUCGAGGAGAUGCCCAGCGUCGAGCCUGCUGCUCGGAUCUCAACACAGACGCUAUCUCAAUCUGUUCAGACGAUGGUCGCAUCCCUGGCCAAGGUGAAGGAAGAAGUACAUCUCCUCAAGCAGCUGCGGCACCCGUCGUCGGGGGACCAGUUCGUUGCCAUCAUGCAACCGUUCGUGGAAAGGCAGUCUACCAGUAUCGACGCUCUGAAGAAGAUGAUGGACGCUGUCGAAGGCGAUCUCCGAUCUCUGCUCGCGUACUAUGGCGAGUCGGGCGACCCGUCAGAUGGGAUUAAGCCGGAGGACUUCUUUGGGAUCGUUUGUUCGUUCUCUACGACGCUUCAGAAAGCAGCUUUGGAGGUACACGAAGCAGAGCAGAAGACGAAGAGCAAGGUACCAAAGCUCGUCACCACGGGAGCACCUACUCCAGACGGCCUGCCAUCCUCUUCUAACCAGAACGGCAACUUGCUUGCUCCGCCAUCUGGUCCCGAACGGCCCAAGACUCCGCAAUCUAUCGGACGAGGAGACGUCGACGCUGCCAUCCGCACCCUCAAGGAGGGCAGGCGGAGAUCACGUCCACCACGGCAGGGCGGGCAGCCGCGGGCCAGCAAGAUAUUUUUGGAUGGACGACCUGAGAGCCGGAUAUUCGACCCUACCGCCUGAAGACUUAUUAUAUCUGGUUGCUUUGUUUUUUUUGUUCUACUCACGUUCAUUCCUCAUCUUUUCGCUUUUUCUUUCGCAUCCUAUUUGUGUCUGUACUUGUCAUGCCUGCGCUCAUGCUCAUGCUUACGCUCACGACACGUUUACGAUUUACGCGCAUUUAUAUCCAUAUUACAAACCUCAUUUGUCACGAAUUUUCUUACACGAUUUUGCAUGUAUGUACCGAUCUAUGGACGUCUAUAUGUUUAAUUCGGGU